AUGAUAACUGUACAAAACAAUACAUAUAAACAGUAUAUUAGCAUUCGAGGAGAGGAAGUCUUUAUUUUGAAUCCAUCUCUUUUAUUUGUUUGUCGAAACUUUCUCUGCGUGCGAUUCUUUCUCUCGUCUUUAGAUAUGUGUUCGAGUUCUCCUCUAAGUCACUCAGUUCUUUUUAUGUGUGUAUCCUCUUUUCUUCCUCUUUCUCUCGGUUUUAAUCACACUUCUUCUUCCGCUUCAUUUUGUCUUUUCUCUUUCUUUCUCUUUAAGAAUUUUUCUUUCUUUUACUCUCCUUUAUGUUCAUUCUUUCUAUUUUGUUUCCUACUUUUUUCCUUUCUCUCACUUAUGCUAUUUUGGUUACUCUUUUAUUCUUUCUCUUUGGUUCUUGGUCUUUUCUUUCUUUCUUUCUUUCUUUCUUUCUUUCUUUCUUUCUUCUAUUUCAUUGACUGUUUUGAUCUCUAUUUUUUCCCUUUUUCUUUUUUUUCUAGAUUUCAAUCUUAUUUGUUUCUUUCUUUCCUUCUUUUUUCUUUCUUUCUUCCUAUUUUAUUUUCAGUUUUGAUCUCGAUUUUCGCCUUUUCUCUUUUUCUCUCUAUUUCUCUUACAACUGUUCAUUUUCUUCUUUCUUUCGUUCUUGUCCUUUCUCUCUUCUUAGUUCAAUACUUGUUUCGAUCUAUAUUUUUUCUUUCUCUUUGUUCUCCCUCUCUCUCUUUCUCUCUCUCAAACACACACACUAUCUAUCUAUCUAUCUUACUCUCUUUCAUUUUCUCUCUUAAUUCUUAUCUCCCGAUGGAAUCGCUAUCGUUUUAUCUACAUCUGCCCGAUUAG